UUAUAUACAACAACCCACACACACACAAAUACAAAACAGGUAAUCCACCUACCUGUUGGCUGUUCGUUCGUUCGCUCGCGCUCUUUCUCUCUCUGUCUCUCACUCUUUCUAGUUCGUUCGUUCGUUUUUUUCUUUUCGGCGGUCCAACACUAGAUGGGAUUUUACUUACCUGUGAAUUUCGGAGCUUUAAACAAAACCCAAAAUUUCCUUCUCUUAUUUUCCCCCCCAAACAAAAAAUUACAACAUGAAACGACUUAAAAGAUGAUACGCAGUAGAAAACAAACUAAAAAUUCAUCCUCUUGGUUUAUCGGUUUUGAUCACGAACUUAACUCUUCCACAAGUUCUCGUUCUCUUGACCGAAGCAACCAUGGAAGCUACCACCAUCUGCCUCAAAGUCCAUCUCUUGAUAAUGUUUCCACAUCGAGCUUGUCCAAAGCGAAAUCUCUAGAUUCUAUCUCAGGUGAUAUUCUACCACCCCGCCAGUAUCAAUCCUGGAAUCUUCCAAUAAGAGAUAUAUCAAAAAUUCAAGAGAUACAAAUUGGUAAACAACCAGUCAGACAUGCAAAAAACAACCAUGGUUCUAAAAUAUUUCAGACAAAAGACAUCUACAAAGAAGCAUUUGAAAAUACGCGGAAGAUUGAAGAGAAGAAGUUUCGGGUUAAGUUUGAUGCUCUCCUCGGCCAGAUGCAGAAAGCUCUGGAAAAACAGUCCCACGAUGACCAGUCAAAUAUUUCAUUUGGUGACAUAAUGGUUAAUUAUCGCAGCCGUAUUCGAGAAUUGUUGUCUGAUUUAUCACAGCGGUUACAGCUGGCUGUUGAGAACUAUCUCGAAGAUGAUGAGAACUCUGCUGCUUCAUCACAGAAAGUUAAACACAUUGUAUCUCGCUUGGUUGAGGAUCAUCUGGGAGAGUCUGUUGAUCUGACAUCUGAUGAAGCUGUGUCGGAUCUAUCAUCCCUUUCUGACGACUCCUUUGAAGGUCACCAUUCUUAUGAGGACCAACUGGCACAGGCUGUUGUUUCUAAGGUUGUAGAAAAUCAAAGAAUGAAAGAUUUAACUAUUCAUUCGGGACCACUUGAUAAGAACUCCAUUAUUCCAGACUAUCAACUACCACAAGAAAAUCUCAUCAGUCAAACUGCUGCCGUUAAUUUAAAAACACCAAAUAAAUCUCCACCCAUUAGGAAACCGUUAUGUUCCAAAUAUGUAGAUGAACAAGUAGUAACUUAUGAACCACCUAUCAAAAAAUCUGUUGUUGAACAAAAGGAAUCAUCCAAUCUAAAGCUAGGCAGUGCUUAUGGUGAACUGUCUGGUAGGCCCCUAAAUAAAGGCAUCAACUUAGAUGAUGUGGUAUUAGAUUCACCAGAGAUUGAUCCAGACUAUGUCUCCCUUAAUUUGCCUCCUAUUAAGGAAACUGCUGAUGAGGAAGACAUGAAGGAUGAAGAGAAUUUUGGACUGACAAAAUUUCGAGAUCGGAAUUGGAUUCUUCGGAGACUGAAUACUAAGGCCACUAUUGAUGAGAUACCAGCAAACCAUUCAGUCUUGGUACCGCAACCUGAAGAAAAUAUAUUUCCAAAAAUUGGAGAUAGAGAUGCUGAUGAUUUGUCUGAUCUUUCCGAAAUUGAUGAGAAUGAAAUAGAGGACCAUGAUAUGUUCCUAACUGUAAAUAAUAAUUCUGAAAGUGUACCAAACUCAAUAGUAGCUACUUCCAAUAGUCCUUCUCAAACUGUCCCUAGUUCCAGGGACCUUUCUCCCAAAACAGACAUUUCUAAGACACAAGAUGAAGUAGUCAGUUUGAAAUCAAAAAAUAUAAAUACUGUUGAAAAGCUACCCGAACCCGAAGAAAAGUCAAUUCCUUCUGAAACUGGUGACCCCAAAUUUGUAAUUCCUCCUGUGAGCACGACAGGUGUUGAGGGCGAAGCAUUGAUUCUGAACUGUCGGGUUGAAGGGACCGAGCCUGUUGACGUGUUUUGGUUCCAUGUUGGACAUGAAGUUGUGAAACUGGGAGACAGUGAGAAAUAUGAGAUUAAGAAAGAUGAACUGGACAGGCACAUGUUAACAGUGUAUCACCCUUCUAAAGACGAUGUUGGACAAUAUAUGUGUAUUGCUGUCAAUGAUAUGGGAAAGUGUACAGAGUAUUUUAUUGUGACACUCGACAAAAACACCCAGCCAAUGAAAAUUCCAGAACUGCUGAAGAAAUUUGAUGACAUCGAGGUGAGGCCAGGUCAGUUGGUUAGGUUUCGGUGUAAGGUCAAAGGAUAUCCUCCACCACGCAUCACAUGGUACAAAGAUGGCAAGAUUCUGAAGGCGUCGGGUAACUUGAAGUUGGAGAAAUUUGGGAACCGAGAUUACAGUUUGUCAAUAGACAAUGCAACUCUCGAUGAUGAUGCGGAAUACUGUGUUGUUGGACGAAACCUUGUUGGAGAAGUAAGGCACUGUGCCCAGCUUAUUGUUGAACCAGUGGAAAGUGUUAGCAAAGUGGAGGAAAGUGAAAGAAAGGAAGUUACAAAGAUGACAUCAUCACCAAAAGCAUCCGAUGUCACCAAGGUUCAGCCGGAUGCUCACAAUGGCAGUGUUGGGCAGAAGGCAUCUGAGGAACCCUGUGUGAGAGAGGAGAAACACAUUGAAAACCUCAGUCGGAAAAUGACUCGGACCAAAGAUAAUGUCUCACAUGUAGCAGAAGACAUGCUUCAGUCAGCAGAUGAGAUGACUCUAAUCCAGCACCAUUUGGAUUUUAUGGAUCGGACCCUAAACAAACUGGAAAAUAACAUGCCUCAACAUGCCAACCCUCAAUCAAAUGAUGAAGACACGUUGAACAACAACGAGGAAUUUCAGGUUAAUGAUGUGUUUGCCCAGAAAGUUCUGGCAGAAUAUCACAUACAGGAUACUACGGACCAAUCAAAAGAUGUAUCUGUGAAAAAGCAAGAUGUACCCACGGAAACAGCAGAUGAGGCAGGGAUUGAACCUACAACUGUAGAUGACAUGUUCGCUCACCGAGUUCUUUCAGAACAUCAUGAACAGAAAAUGGCUGCAGAGAAGAUGAGGAAGGUAACGUCAACUGCUCUUGAAAUUUUGGAGAAGGCUGAGCUAGCUGUUCAACAACAAAAGGACACUGAAAACAAUAUAAUUCCAACGACAGAUUAUAAUGAUCAUUUGAAUUCAGAUGAUCUGGAUGACCCAACCGUGUGCUAUCCAAUAAAUGAGUUGUCAAGUGUGACAGAAUCAAAAGACAAACUUGAGCCCACAGAUCAGCUGAAUAUCGAAGUUGAAGCUGAACCUGAUGUGGUUACUGAACAGAAGCAUGAAAACAAAGAACCCUCUACAUUGGUUCCUGAAUCUCCGGUUGAGGGCUCUAGGGAUUUGUUCAGUACUCAAAAGGAUUCUAGCUCAGCAAAACCUUCAGAAGUGACUAGUUAUAACUUUGGUUUAAGACCUGUUGAUGCUGAACGCUUCAAGAAAGACUUUUAUGUCAACCCUCCAAAGAAAGUGAACCCUAACAAAUCCUCUAAUACACCAGGGGUUAGAAGCAGAGACAUUGUGAAAACAAAGCAUGAAGUUGAAGAUACAGAGGACAAAAUCUACAUGGCAGCCUGCAGUGUGUAUUCACUCGAAGACAAAAUACAACAGUUAGAAGCUCAAGUAGGAGAUAUUCACGAAGGUAUAUCAGACAGCAGUAUGUCUGCCCUGGAGGAUGAAGUGGCCAAGGCUAUGGCAGGAGUGGAGCAUAGCGAAAAUGAGGUUGCAUCCAUUGAGAAAUCUGUCGAGCAACAUCAAAACACACUCGAUCAUCAAACUGCCUCACUGCCACACAUGUCUGCAGAUUUCAGUACGGCUUUUCACAAGGACUCUCUUAAGACGCCGCAAAAACUGGUUGGUGUGAGCCGAGAGAAAGACAUUCCUGCAAGCCGAUCAGAGUUUGACUCCAAAGUUUCUGUUGAGCUUCCAUCGGUGACUAGACUGCGAGCUCUGUUCAACCAGCCCACAAGAAACAAUCUCGGAGAUUCCUCAGUUAAAAGGACUGACAAAUUAGAUCCUAGGAUUCACAGCAUCACAGCUCGAAGUUUAUCAAAACUUCAGAUGGAGAACUUAAAAAGCGAGAAGAGUGGAAUCUCGACCAUCUCACUCGACGGCAAACCUACACAACGACCACGGCCAAGUCUUAAAACAAUCCCUGCACCAGGGCCACCAGGUGGCACUGAAAUCAUUACAAAAUCUACCAAGAAGUCUCUGGCACCUGUAGCUCCUUCUGAAACGGAAGAGACGGGUACAGUAAAAGGAGGGACAGCAGCAAAGGCGACAUUUUGGGAAAAUGUCGUAAAGAAAUCAAGUAGUCCUGAUAAUGAAAAUCAACCUGUUUUCCCUGAUCUUGUUGGAGAAGAUGAUGCCAAGUCGGAAUCGGGUCAAAAACGAAAAGAAAACUAGGCAGACAUGAUCUAACUGCUUAUUGUUCCACCAAACAUCAGAAGAGAAACAGAUGAAGACUGAGAAACUACAAAAUAACAAAGACUGUAUAUCAACUACAAUAACAACAACAACAACAAUAGCAAC